AUGAUCACCAAGGCCUACAGAGUAGACCUAGGCCUUGGGAUCCCAGAGAAAAAGAAGGAGAAGGAGAAGGAGAAGGAAAAAGAGGAGGAGAAGAAGGUCAAAGGACCAGAGACUCAACAUUCAGUUUUGAAAGACAAUUAUUUCACUGAGGUUUUUCCAAGAAGAGCCACAUCCCCCUCAAAGAAUGUGGUCCAGGGGCAGGUCCCCAAGAUACCUGUAGUGAAGAAGAAGAAAAAGAAGGGCCACAGCACCCUCAUCUGUGAGGACCACCUAGAACCUGAGACCACGUUGCAGGCCAGGUGGUCAGAGAAGUCUCCCAGAUCCAGGCAGCAGGUUCUGGGUCCCUCCAAGUUCCUCCACAGGGAGAAGAAAAAGAAGAGGAAGGCCUUGUCGACUCUGGCUAUGGCCCCCAGCUUGGGGAGGGAGACCUCCCCAGACCGCAGACAGAGCGAGGAGGUAACCAGAGUUGGCAAGAAGCUCAAAAAGCACAAGAAGCAGAAAAAGGCCCAGCUCACUGUGGCCUUCCCAGUCCAAAACCCUUGGUUCUGUGAGGCUGGGGAUGCCCUCUGCGCGAGCUCCGUGGGGAGGCUGGGGGAGCAGCAGGCGGCCUCGGGGCAGAAACGGAAGCAGGGCAGCUCCAGGGAGCACAGCAUCAAGAUGAAGAAAAAGAAAACCCACCAGGAGAGAGAUGCUGCCCGGGGCCACCCUGAGGGCUCUAGGUCCAUGGAGAGCAGCCCUAUGAAAGGAAGUAAAAAGAAACUAGUUAAAGUUGAGGCUCCAGAAAACAUCCUGAUAGGAGAUGGCCCCCAGGCCCCCGUGAAGAAGAAAAUGAAGUCUAAGAAACUGGCAGAGCAGCCAAGCAUUGAGGAGCUGACUCUGAAGAGAAAGAAAAAGAAGAUGAAAGAGAGCAAGGUCAUGGAAGAACCUUGUGACGAGGAACAAGACCCAGACUUGGAGGUGGUUUUGGCAAAGAAAGGCAACAUGGAUGAGGCACACAUAGACCAGAUGAGGUGGAAGGCCUUGCAAGAAGAGAUUGACCAUGAGUCAGGCAAAAUGGAAGCUUCUGAAACCAGAACAUGGACAGGAACCCAGUUUGGCCAGUGGGAUACUGCUGGUUUCGAAAAUGAGCCACAGAAACUGAAAUUUCUCAAACACAUGGGUAGCUUUAAAAACCUGUCCCCUUCAUUCAGCCACCCCCUGAGCUGGAUGGGAAGGCCCAACAUGGCCCUCAGCAAGAAGGCAGUGGACACCCUGCAGCAGAACCUGCAGCAAGACUACCAUCGGGCCAUGAGCUGGAAGUUCAUCCAAGGCAGUGGCCUCGGCUUCUCCACUGCUCCCACCAAAAUCUUUUAUAUUGACAGGAAUGCUUCCAAGUCCAUCAAAUAUGAAGAUUAA